CUAAGAGGCCAACAGAUCCAAACCCACCAGCAAAAUCAUGAAGCCAAGCAGCUUUCUCCUCCUCACUCUGAUGGUCUUCUUUUUGUACUCAGCCGUUGUCACUGAAGCAAGUUUUGAACGGACAUAUUGUCGAGGAUAUCCAAAACCACAGUGCACCCUGGAACUCAAUCCCCACUGUGGCUCUGAUGGCGUGUCAUAUGGCAACAAGUGUGCCUUCUGCAAUGCGUAUAUCCGAAGUAGAAGACGUCUUAGACUGAGGAACCUUGGAGACUGCAGAAAAUUUGACGACUAAAGAACAUCUACAAAAGAAGGUCGAUUUCUCAUCAUACCCUGUUCAUGCCAUCUUCAGGAAGAAAUUCAUUAUUAUUCCCUCUGCUUAUGCUCUGUUCUGCUAGCCAGUGAAUAUCUUGCAACAUCUUCAUUUGAUUUAUCAAUAAAUAAGCUCAGCAUUAUAAACCUCUCCAUACA